CGACAUGCCCACAGCGCAAGGGGUUUCGACCAGUGAGGAAUGGAGGCGCCUUAAAUCGCUUAGGUCCUAUCGACACCGGUUACUAAACGCGACCAGAUAUCGACCGCUCAACAGUUCGCAUUUACUGUCAGGCCAGAUUGGUUCUCAGAACGAUUCCUGUCUUCUAGAGGAUGGUCUACGAAAUUUGAUGAGGAGGAAUGACCUGGACACAAUAAUCGACGAAGGGCUAGAUGCUGACACCCAGGACCAAGCCUUUGCGUUACUGACUUCGCUAUGCGCGGCGCUUGAGAACAUGGUUGCUACGGAUCUAUGGACUGCAUUGUUGUCCGAGAGUGAGAGCAAAUAUCCCAGGAUCGACCGUCUUCUGCAAGAGCUUGGCAAGACCGAAUGGAAGUUUCAUAUGGCUUCGGAAUCCCAAGGACGAAGGUUGUUCGUGACUUUAAAUUCCAAGACUGCCAGGGACCACGUAGACAGUUUCAACACUUUUUUCAGCCGCCUCACACAACCGGCGAUACAGGACCUCGAAUUUAUCAACGCGCAACAAACAGAGAACGUCCAGACAAAGGAAUCGCGCGCUCAACCGCAUGAAGAUACCAAACCUCUACAGAUGUUCUUGCAUUGGCUGAAAAAACUUGCGAACACGACAUGCAGUAAGUGCCAUGACGUCCUACUUCAGCUGCCAGAAUGGAAUGCAACUCAGUCUCUUGAUUGCUUUCGAAAUCCGCAUUUGAAGUUAUAUAUCUCCCGCUGCGAAAUCUCUGAGUGGCAAGAAGGCCAUCUGCAUGAACUCGCCAAUAGGAACAAUUCCGACUGGUAUCCAGCACGCAAUCUUUGCGACGAGAUCAAAGAUCUCAGUAAUCGCGAAAGACUCACUCUUGCGGCCGCCGAAGGUGAAAUUUAUGUCUAUGCUAGAUCUAGUGAUAGCCCAGAUUCUGCGGCACAAUCAAGUAAAAAGCCCUCCAAAACCUUGAAGCAACUGAUACAAGGUGGUGCUUUCCUUGGUGCGGACGCUUGGUGGCAGUCUAAGGUGAAAAGAUUUGAACAGACGGAGAAACGCAGAUUAGCUGCUACGCUAGUGCUCAGUCUCUCAUCGAUGAUUGAAGAGGAUGCCUAUUUUAUCAAAUCCUGGGAUCCAGAAUCCGUAUAUUUCCUCUCAGACUCACAGGGCCGAAGUAUACAGAGCCUGCCAUAUGCCCUAUGUCUGGCUUCCGUUCCGAGUGAAUCGGCCAGUGCACACUUUCUGUUUGACAAUGAGCACGAAACGAGCUUCACUCUUCUUGCCAGACUUCUCAUGGAAAUCGAAUGCGGGGUAUCGCUUGAGCACAUGCAAACAAAAACUACCGGCUGCUUGAGUCCUAGUACUGAUACUUUUGAGGACUUCAUCUACGACCAGGUCUCGACCGACUUGAGCGACUCAAGGCGAUCAUACCUUGAAGCAGUUCAGAUGUGUUUUAGAUUCCAGCAAAACUGCAGGAGAGAAUAUAAACGCAUUUCUGCUCGAGGUGUUGAAGGCGGACAGGCCGUUGCUGCAAGAAAUCUCCUAAACAAAAUCAUCCAAAAGCUUCGCACGGCUGUCGACCUGGAAUAUCAAUCAUCGACGUUCGAUAAAACCCUCCGUCGACCGGUUGCUGAUAACUGUUAUGUACCUUCGGCAUUAAACAAUUCGGAGAGGCUUGGAAUGUCUAUUGACUCGUCUGUUUCCCUGCCGCUAACUGUCGUGCGAGAGAUACCCGACGACUUUAGUGUCCGCAAAAAGCUCAGGGUCAGUACAUCAAAGCAGGUCAGAUUCGCAGUAGGAAAUUCCGAGGGAAUAGGAGAAAGAUACGCAAUCUCGGGAGCUAUAACUUAUAGCCCAGUGACCUCUAUCGACAGUUAUGAGCUCUUUGGAGAUAAUAAUACCGGAAAAUACUUCGAUGACCUUCGCCGGUCGUCUAAGAAAUGGUUCACAGAUUUUAAGAGGCUCCGAAGGAAUAAAACGAACAUCCACACUGAGCAACGUAUCAAAGUUGCAGUACUAGAUACCGGAGUUGAUUUCGCCCACCCAGGCAUCAUAGGCAGUGUCUAUGACAGCAAGUCUUUCAUUGAUGACAAUACAGCCAGCGAUAAUUCUGGUCAUGGCACUCAUAUCGCUGGUGUCAUACUCGAUCUUACCACGAAUGUUGAUCUUUACAUUGGCAAAGUCAUUGAAUCCAGUAAAUCAGAUAAUAGGCGUCCAAUCGUUGAGGGGCUCAGACACGCACGCGAGGUCUGGAAGGUAGAUAUGAUUUCACUUUCAUUCGGCUUCCGCAUAUGCGAUAAUCCGGAUUUAGUGCAGCAAGAGAUCGAGGCUUGUCUCAAAGGGGGAAUCGUGGUGUUUGCAUCGGCUUCAAAUGAUGCUGGGAACAAACCACGCACAUAUCCCGGCGACUAUGAUGGCGUUCUCUGCAUUCAUUCAGCCACCGGAGAGGGUAACAAAUCAUCGUUCAAUCCGUCACCUGUCCACCGGAGGGAUAAUUUCAGCUUCGUUGGAGACUGUAUGAAGUCUUUCUGGCCGAAUCACAGACUCGAUUAUGAUGACAAUCAAGGCCAGAAGUAUCUUUCUGGGACAUCGAUUGCGACACCGGUUGCAGUUUCUGUUGCUGUGUUCAUGAUAAAUUAUAUACGAAAGGAGUUUCCACAGCACUGCUGGAACAUCAACCCGUUGUCUCCAGAAGGCACCCGCAAGAUUUUUGCUUUGAUGGCUCACGAGAGAGAAGGCUACGAUUGGGUGAGCCCAGACUGGUUCUUCACAGGAGACCAAAACUGCGAGGAAGAAAUAAAAGCAAGGCUUAAACGAUUGCUGAAGGCAUAUGUUCCCGAAGCAGCGGGCAGAAAACAGCUGGCACAAAAUUCUUAA